AUGCGAAUGCCACACAUCAAGACAAUCAUCAAGAAGCGUCAACAGGGAAGCUUGAACAAAGAAAGCAAUUGGGCUAAGGCGAACUUUCGUUGGGCAACGCAGUUGUUGAUCCGGAGUGGCAGAUUCCCGGAUUCAGAGUUGCACAAGCUAAUGGUGGACGGACCUGAUGGCGAAAAGGUUCUGCCAGAUUGCUUCAACAAGGAGAAGCUACCGUGUUUCAAUGACUACAACGUCAUCUAUUUCGAUGAAUCACACAAGAAGGUUCGCGUCGGCACAAUAGGAUCUAAUGGAAAGCCAGUGCAGAUUCGAUUCAAAAGGUUGGCGAAUGGAAAGAUUGCCAAGCCAGGAGAGGGUGGAUCCUACCGCGAAGCCGGCACUGAACUUGGAAUGAAAUACACGGAAGAAGCCCGUUUCUGUCUUGGUGUUGGCAAGAAGAUGGUGGAUGGAGACGAAGUUGGAUUUCGGUUGCCGUUGUUCGAGUACACAGAACAAACGCUUGUCACGGACAAGGACUGGCAAGACGCAUUUGAGAGGGAAAUGCUACGUCCACGUAGCUUGACUGGAGAAAAGAAGGGCCCAUGGUACUCGACCGGACGCGAAAAAGGAGUUAGCUACAAGACGGACCCCGUCACAGUGAUGAAGCACAUCGGUACUGCUGCCGAAAAAUGGUUGAAGGCCAAUCACGGGAUUGUCACGGUACAAGACUUCUAUCAGAAGGUUGAGUGCAAUCCUGCUCUGCGUGCCGUCCUUAAAGACAAGUACAAGAGAGCAUUCCCAGGCGACAAGUUGACCGAGUGUCUAGCUAUGUUCGCUGACGCAAGAGAUGGACCACCACAACCAAGAGACCACACCAAGGCAGACAACCCAUAUGAAUCCAAGUUUGGUGAUUCCUGGAGAGAUGAAGUCGAGAAGUCAACAUCCAUGAAGAAGAUUGUCAACAUCCAGCUGAUGGUGGAGUAUAUGAUGGGUCUUAACGACCACAUUCCACGGUUCGGUGGUCGUCCCACAGGCAACAAUGCUCCAUUUAUGCCACUUGAUGACUGCCUGAAUAAGGAUCACGACGAUGGUGUUCUCCGUCACUGUGCAGCAACAUCAUUAUUGCCCAAGGAAGAUCCACGAAAGUUCUCUCUUCGAACACCACUCCUGGUUGCAUCGGCCUACAAGAGAGUCUGGAAUCACGAGAAUGGUUGGCCAACAUCAAAAAGAAUUGUCCAAGACAUCAACCGAGUACCCACUGCCUGGCAGCUUGUGUAUGACAACGAAGGGCUUAACACUGGAAAAGCUGCCAAUGGCCAUCGUGGUGAUGCACAGCGAGCAGCAAAGACAAACCGAAGGAACUGGGGAGGAGCACGAAAGAAGAAGGAAAUUCCGAUGGACGUGUGGUAUCAUCCAGAUGCACGCGAAGCUUUGGACGAAUUCAAAAAGCGGUCUAAGCAGAUCUAUUAUGGCGACGACUACAUCGACAGUGAAGAGGCGGAUUUGGAGGAACUCCUAGUUAUGGACCCAGAUGCUGUUGAACAGGGAGAUACCGUUGAAGAGGUACAAGGCGUGGAAGGCAAUACUCCAGGCAGCGAGGCAACAGAGGACCAGGUCGAAGUGUCCUAG